GGCACUCAAGAAAUAACAUUUGGCCCGUAACUGUAAUAACCGACCCUUCGUUUCGACACGCCAUUGAAAGAAGGGCAUCAUGUUCCGUUCUUUGAUUGAAACUGCCCGGAAUAAUCCGCUGGCCAAACCAUUCCUUGCAGAGGCCAACUGUCAGACAAAAAGUAGCGAUGUAAGUGGAACAGGAAUGGCUGCAGCUGCUGUAGAGGAAACAAGCUGUGAAUUUGGAUCCAACAAAUACUAUGCCCUGUGUGGUUUUGGUGGAAUUCUCAGCUGUGGUAUCACACACACAGCAGUGGUCCCCCUUGAUCUGGUGAAGUGUCGUAUCCAGGUCAACCCCGAGAAAUAUGGAGGCAUCGUCAAUGGGUUCAGACUGACCGUCCAAGAAGGCGGUAUGAAAGAAUUGGCCAAAGGAUGGGCACCCACAGCCAUUGGCUACUCAGCACAGGGGCUUUGCAAGUUUGGUUUCUAUGAAGUUUUCAAGAUUGUGUAUGGAAACGCUAUGGGAGAGGAAAAUGCUUUCUUGUGGAGGACAUCCCUGUAUUUGGCAGCCAGUGCAUCUGCUGAGUUCUUUGCCGACAUUGCCCUGUGUCCCAUGGAGGCCGUCAAGGUCAGAAUCCAGACACAGCCUGGGUGGUCCUCAACACUCCGAGAGGGAUUCCCCCGAAUUCUUAAAGAGGAGGGAAUUAAUGGUUUCUACAAAGGACUGGUUCCAUUGUGGGCGCGACAGAUCCCCUACACCAUGAUGAAGUUCUCCUGCUUUGAGAGGACACUGGAGGCCCUGUAUAAAUAUGUUGUGCCAAAACCACGCUCAGAGUGCAACAAGUCAGAACAGUUGAUGGUCACAUUCACUGCUGGUUAUAUUGCUGGAGUGUUCUGUGCCGUUGUGUCUCAUCCAGCUGACACCAUUGUAUCCAAACUGAACAACGCUCCAGGAAGCAACUUCGUCAGUGCAGCUAAGGAAUUAGGAUUGAAGGGAAUGUGGAAGGGACUUGGCCCCAGGAUCAUCAUGAUCGGUACACUGACCGCCCUGCAGUGGUUCAUCUACGACUCUGUCAAGGUCUACUUCCGCCUGCCCCGACCCCCACCGCCCGAGAUGCCCGAGUCUCUCAAACGCAAGCUCGCACAGCAACAAUAAUGACAAAAUAGCUCUAGGAUCUAAUUCAAAUUGAACAUUGACAAUUUAAAGAAAAAAGCCAGUGUAUUUAAGGAUUAUAUUUUUAUCUGCUUUAGGAAAAAAGGAAUUUUCUUAUUUUAUGGAUGCAUACAUGUAUGUUUACAUUUUUGUGAACUUGACCAUGUUUACAUUUUUCAAUGAACUAAGACUUUUAUAAUCACAACCUAAAAUAUGUUUUCUUUUGUUGUGGAUUUGCAAGAUAUUACUAAUUUUUCUUCAGUAUUUCAAAUUUUGAUGGAUUUUCAGAACUUCCAUUAUGGGGAAAUUGGUAGAAAUUGUGAUAUGUGUGGAUUUUUACUCUACCUGGUUUCCCAGAAGACACUUGUGUUUGUACAAUGGCUGAUCGCUAGCCAGUUUAUAGGGUUUUUUUCACUCUUAACUUAUUCUAUAACAGCGCAGAUCUGUGGAUGUAUCAACGUUUCAUUUACCUUGUCACAUCAUAUCUUGUUAAUUUUUGACAAAAUAACAUUAAAAACGAGAGUGAAUUAA